AUACAUCAGUUGUUUUAGGCCCUGUUUCUGAGGUUGUUUUUGUUGAUUUUUUGUAGACGUAUACAGAGAAAUAUAAUUUCUCUGUAAUUUUCAUUUGUGGAGUUUAUUUACUUAUUGAACAUACGAAUAUGGAUACCUUAAUUUCCUUUAAUACUAAAGUCAUGAGCAAAAUAAGAACCGCAGGAGAUGGAAUGGAGUCAGAGGCUCGCGCUAAUGAAAACGCACAAGAUAAUAAAACCACCUUGAAAAGUAACAGCAAAUCAUCCUUGCUGCCUGGUCGUCUUGUGCAGAUUUAUCCAUCUAAAGUCGUCACUCCAGUGAAAAAAAGUUCUCACAUAUACUCAAAGACUCCUAAAUUCGUUCCUUAUGAACCAUAUCCGGGUGCUGUACGACCAAUCACAUCUCAAUCUGCUUCUAAAAGUAAAAAAUCUAAGAAUCGCAUGGACAUUAAUAAAUUAGUAUCUCAAAUGUCACAAAUGGACACAAAUAUCAAUGAGUUCAAGCCGAGGGCCAAACUUCCGUCUUGCAGUGAUAAAUCUGAAAUUGAACCUAAUCAAACUAAUAUUGAUAAAGAAAUGGAAAAGAGAAUUGAUGAAUUGACAAAGGAAAAUGAAAGCCUAAAAGAUCAACUGAAACAACAAGCACAGGUAAAUAAGGAACUAAAGACAAUGCUGGUAGCAUCAAUGGGUGAGGACCUUGAGUUUCAAGUACAUUCACUGAACGAAGACAAAAAACAUCUGGCAAACGCUUUAGUCAAUUCAGCCCAACACCUGUCUACUCAUCAGGAGCAAACUGAAUGGCUUGCUGGCCAAUGUGAAGUAUGGAGAAGCAAAUUCUUGGCUAGCAGCCUAAUGAUCGAAGAACUAGCGUUAUGUAAGAAGAUGCUCAACGAGAAAACAGUGACACUGCAACAGGCAAUAAAACAGUUACUCGACGAGAAAUGCAGAAUGAGAGACAUGUUGAUUUUAACAUAUAAAAACUUGUGCAGCCUCCACGAGAACUGGCUCGAAAAUAUUGCCAUAUCAGAAUACUCUGGCAAUAAGAACCGAACGAUUGGAAAACUCAAUUUCAACACUGCUAUGCCUCAUUCGGCUAACGUACUCGAUUUGGCGUCGGUAAAUUUAAAAUUGUCCGAGAAUAUUAGCAGUAGUAUUGAGAAACAGGAUAUAAGCUAUUUGGAGACGUUAGCAACAGCCACUGAAGCUGAAACAUACGCUGAGAAGGUAAUGGCAAUGCCAUUUCAUAUGAAGAAAGUGGACGAGAAACCUGUUAAUGCAUUGGUGCACCACGCUUACAACAACAGUGGUAACGUUACCCCACAGGUCGCUUCCUGUGUACACUGCAAUGGAAAGGUUCAAUUGCUUUAACGAUUAAAUAACUGCGUGUAAUUAAUCUUUAUUUGUAUUAAGGGUUUUUUUUUAAAUAUCUUUAAUUUUGCUUACUUCAUAAACGAAGUCGUAGAACAACUGUGCGUGUUGCCAGUGACGACUUACGGAUUUGAAACGUGAUCGCUUACAAUGGGCCUCGUAAGAAGGCUUAGAGUCACUCAACGGGCGAUAAAAAUUCAAAAUUCAUUUAUUUCAAGUAGGCCUACUUUAUAACCACUUUUGAAACGUCAAGUUUACGUCAAUAUAAGUAAGUUUGUAGGGACUCUACCACCGGUUCGGAAAGCAGAUUCUACCUAGAAAAGCUGGCAAGAAACUCAGUAGUUGCUCUUCCGAUCGAGAGAACGAUGUCGGAAUAUUAAGACAAUGGCGCGAGUCCUGUGAUAUAUACUGACAGGUCAAAAAAGUCAAUUCUUUAGGACAUUACAUUCGUUUAGUAGUUUUAGAUGUUUGUGUAGGUACAACAGAAUUGCCAGUUAAAAAAAGAAUUAUUAUAAACUGGGAUGCAAAAGUAUUCUAAAAAUUAUAUUUGAUUUUUUACGUAAGCAAUGUUAAAUAUGCCAAUAGAAACUUAUAGUUGUAGAAGCAAUGUCGGUCAGGACUAUAAACUGGCAUUAUGUCUUAGUAAUACUAAUUGUAAAUUUAUUUGUAAAUACAAAUUGUAAAUGUUUAUAGAAAUAAAAAAAAAAUCGGCUCAAAUUUGCACAACUUUAAGAAAAAAGUUUAUCACGUAAAUUGUGUUUGGGUAAAUUAUUGGAUUUCUUUUUAACCAUCAAAAGAUAAGGUUAGCAGGUUAGCAGAUAAGGUUAUAAGGUUCAACAGUGCGAAAGGCAAGUUUCAAAGAAGAGACAGCACAUAUUCCGGACUUUUUUUCAUCGUAAUUAAUUAUUUAUCGUUGUAUUAAUGUCCUGCUGCUGGGAACUAGCUAUAUCUCUGAAAGGAGAGAAGGAAUUACCAACAUUUGACUCGCCACGCUGCUUUAAUUCUGGUUUGUGGGCGUUAAUGAUAACUAACGUUUACUUAACAUGGUAUAUCUACAUAUGUAUGUUUGUAAAAAGUUUGCAAGUCUAUCGAAUUGCAUAAUCGUUAUUCAAUGAACCCUCAGAUAUAUUUAUACAUAAAUUAAAUAUAUUAUAUAAACAUUAACUUUGUUUUUGGUAGGGUUAAUAUAAGUUUUCGGUUUAAGAUACUUUACAUUCUUAUGAUUAAUGUCCCUAACGAGUUUAAAAACGCAAGAAUAUUUCAUUAAUCAUGAAUCGCUUUUAUCGGUCCUCUGCUUGACUAGAGGCGUUGUUUGCCCAUAAACCCAACGAUGGGAUUGGAUUAUAACCACCACGCUGGGCAGACGGGUUCAUGAUUUCAGUAUAUUAGUCAUGGGCCUAACCGGUCACCACAGAGAGUGCUCAAUUUAGUUCAUAAUCCAAGGAUGCACGAAUUAGUUCUUUUUUUGAAAUAAUUUAUUAAGAACCAUAAAUAAAGAAAAAAAUUUACUUAUGAUUAUUGAAAGUCUUGUUUAUUUUUAUGGAUGGGGAUGUGAAGUUGUUUAGUAUCGAUAUCGAAAUAUCGAGGCGCGCACAGUAAGUAAAUCUCGGUUGGUCACAUAGCGCCGCUGUCUAGUAAAGUGAACUAAAAGAAAUAUAAUAGUUCACUUAAAGGAGCGCUCUCCCUACCUAGGUCGUUUGCGAACUACCCAAGACUACUGUAGAUCAACACACAGAGGAUGUUCCCGUUCUCCUCAUGCGACACCUGCGGGAAGGAACCCGAGGGUGACAAUGGUGUACUGAUGUAAGGAAACACUAAAUAUAUUGUGAAAUAAAUACAAAUAUCAAUAAUAUAGUUAAUGCACUGUAAUAGAUGGCUUGGGUCGAUAAAUAGAAUUAACUAAAAAUAAAAAUGUAAAUAAGUAACAGCGUUUUAGAAAAUUUUUGGUUUUGUUUUAUAUAUAAAUUAUAGUAUUUUCCAACGCUGUGAUUAAAUGUACAUAUUAUGGGCUAAUAAAACUAUUUUAUAUAAUAAAUAUCACUUGGUAUAUUGUU